AUGGCAAAAACACUAGCCCAGGGAAGAAAACCGGGAUCGGGGCGUAAACCGGGAAAGGGCAAAACCUUGGCUCAGGGCAGGAAACCUGGGUCAGGACGUAAACCGGGAAGCAAAGGGCACGUGAGCAAGAACGACCCUAUACGAGACUUGAAUGCGGUUCUGCAGGCUCAGAUCCACAGCGAGGCCGGUCAAAAUGCAGUGGCCAGUGCCACCGCUGCCGCUGCCGCUGCAGCGGCAGCAGAUCAGGCAACUGGCUCUCCAAUACCCUUGGACGGCGGUGCAGGACCAGGAUCCAGUUCAGGGUCCGCCACGAGCUUAGGGUCUUCUUCAUUUGCAGGGGCACCGGCUAAUCACAUUCAAAAACGCAAUCAAGUCAACACUGGUCUGUCUCUUCCUUCAAACUCAAACAGUGACCCUUUACGAUCACGGGACUCGAGGUCUUCAACUGUAUACCCAUCAUUACGUCUUUCCCCCGGCCACCCCAUGCAUAUGACCACCAGUCUGUCCAUUUCGCAAUCAAUAGUUGCAAACAGCAUGAACGUUGGUAGUCAGCCCAGCCACAUGAAUCACAGCAGCGCAGGCCGAGUGAACGCAAUUACUGGCCAGUCUGGGCGAAUCCCGGGGAUUGAUAUUUUUGAUCGGACAAAUACACCUUCGACCGUUCCAGGCACUGCUGCAUCUACAUUUCUUCCUCUACAACCGUGGGUUAACUCCUCUGCUGCUUCUUCGCUGCUGCCCGGUUUCCCACCUUUUCUCCCCGCCAACGUAUCCCAACAAUCAUCGCGACCCAGUAACUCCAGCUCACACUCUCCAAAGUUGUUUCAAGAUCGUUUUGGCUUACCUGGAGACCCGGACUCCAUCACAUCGUUCGCAUCUCAUUCGCAACAACCGUGA